AUGACCAAAGAACAAAAUUUAUUUGCAGCUCAGAGUACACAAUAUGCAACCAUAACAACUGGUGAUUUUGGCACAACAGGUGAGAGUUUGGAAACAACCACAGACAACUCUCUUACAACUACCCCAGAUGCAACCGUAACAACUACUGUCUCUGCCACAACAGCUGAGAGUUUGGAAACAACCACAGACAACUCUCUUACAACCACUAGUGAUUCUGGCACGACAGCUGAGAGUUCAGACACAAUCACAGACAACUCUCUUACAACUACCCCAGAUGCAACCGUAACACCUAGUGACUCUGGCACAACAGCUGAGAGCUCAGAAAGAACCAAAGACAACUCUCUUACAACCACUAGUGAUUCUGGCACAACAGCUGAGAGUUCAGAAACAACCACAGACAACUCUCUUACAACUACCCCAGAUGCAACCGUAACACCUAGUGACUCUGGCACAACAGCUGAGAGCUCAGAAACAACCACAGACAGCUCUCUUACAACGACUAGUGAGUCUGCCACAACAGCUGAGAGUUCAGAAACAACCACAGACAACUCUCUUACAACGACUAGUGAUGCUGGCACAACAGCUCAGAGUUCGGAAACAACCACAGACAACUCUCUUACAACUACCCCAGAUGCAACCGUAACACCUACUGUCUCUGCCACAACAGCUGAGAGUUUGGAAACAACCACAGACAAGUCUCUUACAACCACUAGUGAUUCUGGCACAACAGCUGAGAGUUCAGAAACUACCACAGACAACUCUCUUACAACUACCCCAGAUGCAACCGUAACAACUAGUGACUCUGCCACAACAGCUGAGAGUUUGGAAACAACCACAGACAACUCUCUUACAACCACUAGUGAUUCUGGCACAACAGCUGACAGUUCGGAAACAACUACAGACAACUCUGUUACAACCACUAGUGAUUCUGGCACAACAGCUGAGAGUUCGGAAACAACCACAGACAGCUCUCUUACAACCACUAGUGAUUCUGGCACAACAGCUGAGAGUUCGGAAACAACCACAGACAACUCUCUUACAACCACUAGUGAUUCUGGCACAACAGCUGACAGUUCGGAAACAACUACAGACAACUCUCUUACAACCACUAGUGAUUCUGGCACAACAGCUCAGAGUUCGGAAACAACCACAGACAACUCUCUUACAACCACUAGUGAUUCUGUCACAACAGCUGAGAGUUCAGACACAACAACAGACAACUCUCUUACAACUACCCCAGAUGCAACCGUAACACCUAGUGACUCUGGCACAACAGCUGAGAGCUCAGAAACAACCACAGACAACUCUCUUACAACCAGUAGUGAUUCUGGGACAACAGCUGAGAGUUCGGAAACAACCACAGACAACUCUAUUACAACUACCCCAGAUGCAACCAUUACAACGAGUGACUCUGCUACAACAGCUGAGGGUUUGGAAACGACCACAGACAACUCUUUUACAACCACUAGAGAUUCUGGCACAACAGCAGAGGGUUUGGAAAUAACCACAGACCACUCUCUUACAACUACUCCAGAUGCAACAGAAUCAACUAGUGAAUCUGCCACAACAGCUGAGGGUUCAGAAACAACCACAGACGGCUCUCUUACAACCACUAGUGAUUCUGGCACAACAGCUGAGAGUUUGGAAACAACCACAGACAACUCUCUUACAACCACUAGUGAUUCUGCCACAACAGCUCAGAGUUUGGAAACUACCACAGACAACUCUCUUACAACUACCGCAGAUGCAACCGUAACAACCACUAGUGAUUCUGACACAACAGCUGAGGGUUCAGAAACAACCGCAGACAACUCUCUUACAACCACUAGUGAUUCUAGCACAACAGCUGAGAGUUCGGAAACAACCACAGACAACUCUGUUACAACUACCUCAGAUGCAACCGUAACAACUAGUGACUCUGGCACAACAGCUGAGGGUUCGGAAACAACCACAGACAGCUCUCUUACAACCACUAGUGAUUCUGGCACAACAGCUGACAGUUCAGAACCAACCACAGACAACUCUCUUACAACCACUAAUGAUUCUGGCACAACAGCUGAGAGUUCGGAAACAACCACAGACGACUCUCUUACGACCACUAGUGAUUCUGGCACAACAGCUGAGAGUUCGGAAACUACCACAGAUAACUCUCUUACAACUAUGCCAGAUACAACCAUAACAACUAGUGACUCUGCCACAACAGCUGAGGGUUUGGAAACAACCAUAGACAACUCUCUUACAACCACUAGUGAUUCUCCCACAACAGCUGAGAGUUCGGAAACAACCACAGACAACUCCCUUACAACUACCCCAGAUGCAACUGUCACAACUAGUGACUCCGCCACAACAGCUGAGAGUUCAGAAACAACCACAGACAACUCUCUUACAACCACUAGUGAUUCUGGCACAACAGCUGAGAGUUCGGAAACUACCACAGACAACUCUCUUACAACUACCCCAGAUGCAACCGUAACAACUAGUGACUCUGCCACAACAGCUGAGAGUUUGGAAACAACCACAGACAACUCUCUUACAACCACUAGUGAUUCUGGCACAACAGCUGAGAGUUCAGAAACUACUACAGACAACUCUCUUACAACUACCCCAGAUGCAAGUGUCACAACUAGUGACUCUGGCACAACAGCUGAGAAUUCAGAAACAACCACAGACAACUCUCUUACAACCACUAGUGAUUCAGGCACAACAGCUCAGAGUUCAGAAACUACCACAGACAACUCUCUCACAACUACCCCAGAUGCAACCGUAACAACUAGUGACUCUGGCACAACAGCUGAGGGUUCGGAAACAACCACAGACAGCUCUCUUACAACCACUAGUGAUUCUGGCACAACAGCUGACAGUUCAGAAACAACCACAGACAACUCUCUUACAACCACUAAUGAUUCUGGCACAACAGCUCAGAGUUCGGAAACAACCGCAGACGACUCUCUUACAACCACUAGUGAUUCUGGGACAACAGCUGAGAGUUCGGAAACUACCACAGAUAACUCUCUUACAACUACCCCAGAUACAACCAUAACAACUAGUGACUCUGCCACAACAGCUGAGGGUUUGGAAACAACCAUAGACAACUCUCUUACAACCACUAGUGAUUCUCCCACAACAGCUGAGAGUUCGGAAACAACCACAGACAACUCCCUUACAACUACCCCAGAUGCAAGUGUCACAACUAGUGACUCUGGCACAACAUCUGAGAGUUUGGAAACAACCACAGACAACUCUCUUACAACCACUAGUGAUUCUGGCACAACAGCUGAGAGUUCGGAAACUACCACAGACAACUCUCUUACAACUACCCCAGAUGCAACCGUAACAACUAGUGACUCUGCCACAACAUCUGAGAGUUUGGAAACAACCACAGACAACUCUCUUACAACCACUAGUGAUUCUGGCACAACAGCUGAGAGUUUGGAAACAACCACAGACAACUCUCUUACAACCACUAGUGAUUCUGGCACAACAGCUGAGAGUUCAGAAACAACCACAGACAACUCUCUUACAACUACCCCAGAUGCAACUGUCACAACUAGUGACUCUGGCACAACAGCUGAGAAUUCAGAAACAACCACAGACAACUCUCUUACAACCACUAGUGACUCUGGCACAACAGCUGAGAGUUCGGAAACUACCACAGACAACUCUCUUACAACUACCCCAGAUGCAACCGUAACAACUAGUGACUCUGCCACAACAGCUGAGGGUUCGGAAACAACCACAGACAGCUCUCUUACAACCACUAGUGAUUCUGGCACAACAGCUGAGAAUUCGGAAACCACCACAGACAAGUCUCUUACAACCACUAGUGAUUCUUGCACAACAGCUGAGAGUUCGGAAACAACCACAGACAGCUCUCUUACAAUCACUAGUGAUUCUGGCACAACAGCUGAGAGUUCGGAAACUACCACAGACAACUCUCUUACAACUACCCCAGAUGCAACCGUAACAACUAGUGACUCUGCCACAACAUCUGAGAGUUCGGAAACAACCACAGACAGCUCUCUUACAACCACUAGAGAUUCUGGCACAACAGCUGAGAGUUCGGAAACUACCACAGACAACUCUCUUACAACUACCCCAGAUGCAACUGUCACAACUAGUGAUUCUGCCACAACAACUGAGAGUUCGGAAACAACCACAGACAACUCCCUUACAACUACCCCAGAUGCAACUGUCACAACUAGUGACUCUGGCACAACAGCUGAGAGUUCAGAAACUACCACAGACAGCUCUCUUACAACCACUAGUGAUUCUGGCACAACAGCUGACAGUUCAGAACCAACCACAGACAACUCUCUUACAACCACUAGUGAUUCUGGCACAACAGCUGAGAGUUCGGAAACAACCACAGACAACUCUCUUACAACUACCCCAGAUGCAACUGUCACAACUAGUGACUCUGGCACAACAGCUGAGAAUUCGGAAACCACCACAGACAAGUCUCUUACAACCACUAGUGAUUCUGGCACAACAGCUGAGAGUUCGGAAACUACCACAGACAACUCUCUUACAACUACCGCAGAUGCAACCGUAACAACUAGUGACUCUGCCACAACAGCUGAGGGUUCGGAAACAACCACAGACAGCUCUCUUACAACCACUAGUGAUUCUGGCACAACAGCUGAGAAUUCGGAAACCACCACAGACAAGUCUCUUACAACCACUAGUGAUUCUCGCACAACAGCUGAGAGUUCGGAAACUACCACAGACAACUCUCUUACAACUACCCCAGAUGCAACCGUAACAACCACUAGUGAUUCUGGCACAACAGCUGAGGGUUCAGAAACAACCACAGACAACUCUCUUACAACUACCCAAGAUACAACCAUAACAACUAGUGAUUCUUCCACAACAGCUGAGAGUUCGGAAACAACCACAGACAACUCCCUUACAACCACUAGUGACUCUGGCACAACAGCUGAGAGUUCGGAAACUACCACAGACAACUCUCUUACAACUACCCCAGAUGCAACCGUAACAACUAGUGACUCUGCCACAACAGCUGAGAGUUUGGAAACAACCACAGACAACUCUCUUACAACCACUAGUGAUUCUGGCACAACAGCUGAGAGUUCAGAAACUACUACAGACAACUCUCUUACAACUACCCCAGAUGCAACUGUCACAACUAGUGACUCUGGCACAACAGCUGAGAAUUCAGAAACAACCACAGACAACUCUCUUACAACCACUAGUGAUUCAGGCACAACAGCUCAGAGUUCAGAAACUACCACAGACAACUCUCUUACAACUACCCCAGAUGCAACCGUAACAACUAGUGACUCUGGCACAACAGCUGAGGGUUUGGAAACAACCACAGACAACUCUCUUACAACCACUAGUGAUUCUCCCACAACAGCUGAGAGUUCGGAAACAACCACAGACAACUCCCUUACAACUACCCCAGAUGCAACUGUCACAACUAGUGACUCCGCCACAACAGCUGAGGGUUCAGAAACAACCACAGACAGCUCUCUUACAACCACUAGUGAUUCUGGCACAACAGCUGAGAGUUCGGAAACUACCACAGACAACUCUCUUACAACUACCCCAGAUGCAACCGUAACAACUAGUGACUCUGCCACAACAGCUGAGAGUUUGGAAACAACCACAGACAACUCUCUUACAACCACUAGUGAUUCUGGCACAACAGCUGAGAGUUCAGAAACAACCACAGACAACUCUCUUACAACUACCCCAGAUGCAACUGUCACAACUAGUGACUCUGGCACAACAGCUGAGAAUUCAGAAACAACCACAGACAACUCUCUUACAACCACUAGUGAUUCUGGCACAACAGCUGAGAGUUCGGAAACUACCACAGACAACUCUCUUACACCUACCCCAGAUGCAACCGUAACAACUAGUGACUCUGCCACAACAGCUGAGGGUUCGGAAACAACCACAGACAGCUCUCUUACAACCACUAGUGAUUCUGGCACAACAGCUGAGAAUUCGGAAACCACCACAGACAAGUCUCUUACAACCACUAGUGAUUCUCGCACAACAGCUGAGAGUUCGGAAACUACCACAGACAACUCUCUUAUAACUACCCCAGAUGCAACCGUAACAACCACUAGUGAUUCUGGCACAACAGCUGAGGGUUCAGAAACAACCACAGACAACUCUCUUACAACCACUAGUGAUUCUAGCACAACAGCUGAGAGUUCAGAAACAACCACAGACAACUCUGUUACAACUACCUCAGAUGCAACCGUAACAACUAGUGACUCUGCCACAACAGCUGUAAGUUCAGAAACAACCACAGACAACUCUCUUACAACCACUAGUGAUUCUGGCACAACAGCUGAGAGUUCGGAAACAACGACAUACAACUCUCUUACAAACACUAGUGAUUCUGGCACGACAGCUGAGAGUUCAGAAACAACCACAGACAACUCUGUUACAACUACCCCAGAUGCAACUGUCACAACUAGUGACUCUGGCACAACAGCUGAGAGUUCAGAAACAACCACAGACAACUCUCUUACAACCACUAGUGAUUCUGGCACAACAGCUGAGAGUUCGGAAACUACCACAGACAACUCUCUUACAACUACCCCAGAUGCAACCGUCACAACUAGUGACUCUGGCACAACAUCUGAGAGUUUGGAAACAACCACAGACAACUCUCUUACAACUACCCCAGAUGCAACCGUCACAACUAGUGACUCUGGCACAACAUCUGAGAGUUCGGAAACAACCACAGACAACUCUCUUACAUCCACUAGUGAUUCUGCCACAACAGCUGAGAGCUCGGAAACAACCACAGACAACUCCCUUACAACUACCCCAGAUGCAACCGUAACAACUAGUGACUCUGCCACAACAGCUGAGGGUUGGGAAACAACUACAGACAACUCUCUUACAACCACUAGUGAUUCAGGCACAACAGCUGAGAGUUCGGAAACUACCACAGACAACUCUCUUACAACUACCCCAGAUGCAACUGUAACAACCACUAGUGAUUCUGGCACAACAGCUGAGGGUUCAGAAACAACCACAGACAACUCUCUUACAACCACUAGUGAUUCUAGCACAACAGCUGAGAGUUCAGAAACAACCACAGACAACUCUGUUACAACUACCUCAGAUGCAACCGUAACAACUAGUGACUCUGCCACAACAGCUGUGAGUUCAGAAACAACCACAGACAACUCUCUUACAACCACUAGUGAUUCUGGCACAACAGCUGAGAGUUCAGAAACAACCACAGACAACUCUCUUACAACCACUAGUGAUUCUGGCACAACAGCUGAGAGUUCGGAAACUACCACAGACAACUCUCUUACAACUACCCCAGAUGCAACCGUCACAACUAGUGACUCUGGCACAACAUCUGAGAGUUUGGAAACAACCACAGACAACUCUCUUACAACCACUAGUGAUUCUGGCACAACAGCUGAGAGUUCAGAAACAACCACAGACAACUCUCUUACAACUACCCCAGAUGCAACUGUCACAACUAGUGACUAUGGCACAACAGCAGAGAGUUCAGAAACAACCACAGACAACUCUCUUACAACCACUAGUGAUUUUGGCACAACAGGUGAGAGUUUGGAAACAACCACAGACAACUCUCUUACAACUACCCCAGAUGCAACUGUCACAACUAGUGACUCCGCCACAACAGCUGAGAGUUCAGAAACAACCCCAGACAACUCUCUUACAACCACUAGUGUUUCAGGCACAACAGCUGAGAGUUCGGAAACUACCACAGACAACUCUCUUACAACUACCCCAGAUGCAACUGUCACAACUAGUGACUCUGGCACAACAGCUGAGAGUUCAGAAACAACCACAGACAACUCUCUUACAACCACUAGUGAUUUUGGCACAACAGGUGAGAGUUUGGAAACAACCACAGACAACUCUCUUACAACUACCCCAGAUGCAACUGUCACAACUAGUGACUCCGCCACAACAGCUGAGAGUUCAGAAACAACCCCAGACAACUCUCUUACAACCACUAGUGUUUCAGGCACAACAGCUGAGAGUUCGGAAACUACCACAGACAACUCUCUUACAACUACCCCAGAUGCAACUGUCACAACUAGUGACUCUGCCACAACAGCUGAGAGUUCAGAAACAACCACAGACAACUCUCUUACAACCACUAGUGAUUUUGGCACAACAGGUGAGAGUUUGGAAACAACCACAGACAACUCUCUUACAACUACCCCAGAUGCAACUGUCACAACUAGUGACUCCGCCACAACAGCUGAGAGUUCAGAAACAACCCCAGACAACUCUCUUACAACCACUAGUGUUUCAGGCACAACAGCUGAGAGUUCGGAAACAACCACAGACAACUCUCUUACAACUACCCCAGAUGCAACCGUAACAACCACUAGUGAUUCUGGCACAACAGCUGAGGGUUCAGAAACAACCACAGACAACUCUCUUACAACCACUAGUGAUUCUAGCCCAACAGCUCAGAGUUCGGAAACAACCACAGACAACUCUCUUACAACUACCUCAGAUGCAACCGUAACAACUAGUGACUCUGGCACAACAGCUGAGGGUUCGGAAACAACCACAGACAGCUCUCUUACAACCACUAGUGAUUCUGGCACAACAACUGACAGUUCAGAAACAACCACAGACAACUCUCUUACAACCUCUAAUGAUUCUGACACAACAGCUGAGAGUUCGGAAACAACCACAGACGACUCUCUUACAACCACUAGUGAUUCUGCCACAACAGGUGAGAGCUCGGAAACAACCACAGACAACUCCCUUACAACUACCCCAGAUGCAACCGUAACAACUAGUGACUCUGCCACAACAGCUGAGGGUUGGGAAACAACCACAGACAACUUUCCCACAACCACUAGUGAUUCUGGCACAACAGCUGAGAGUUCGGAAACUACCACAGACAACUCUCUUACAACUACCCCAGAUGCAACUGUCACAACUAGUGACUCUGCCACAACAGCUGAGGGUUGGGAAACAACCACAGACAACUCUCCCACAACCACUAGUGAUUCUGGCACAACAGCUGAGAGUUCGGAAACUACCACAGACAACUCCCUUACAACUACCCCAGAUGCAACCGUAACAACUAGUGACUCUGCCACAACAGCUGAGGGUUGGGAAACAACCACAGACAACUCUCCCACAACCACUAGUGAUUCUGGCACAACAGCUGAGGGUUCAGAAACAACCACAGACAACUCUCUUACAACCACUAGUGAUUCUAGCCCAACAGCUCAGAGUUCGGAAACAACCACAGACAACUCUCUUACAACUACCUCAGAUGCAACCGUAACAACUAGUGACUCUGGCACAACAGCUGAGGGUUCGGAAACAACCACAGACAGCUCUCUUACAACCACUAGUGAUUCUGGCACAACAACUGACAGUUCAGAAACAACCACAGACAACUCUCUUACAACCUCUAAUGAUUCUGACACAACAGCUGAGAGUUCGGAAACAACCACAGACGACUCUCUUACAACCACUAGUGAUUCUGCCACAACAGGUGAGAGCUCGGAAACAACCACAGACAACUCCCUUACAACUACCCCAGAUGCAACCGUAACAACUAGUGACUCUGCCACAACAGCUGAGGGUUGGGAAACAACCACAGACAACUCUCCCACAACCACUAGUGAUUCUGGCACAACCGCUGAGAUUUUGGAAACGACUACAGACAACUCUCUUACAACCACUAGUGAUUCUGGCACAACAGCUGAGAGUUCGGAAACAACCACAGACAACUCUCUUACAACCACUAGUGAUUCUGGCACAACAGCUGAGAGUUCGGAAACCACCACAGAAAACUCUCUUACAACCACUAGUGACUCUGGAACGACAGCUCAGAGUUCAGAAACAACCACAGAAAACUCUCUUACAUCCACAUCAGCAGCCACAACAACAGGUGCGACACAAAAAACCACUACAACUACAACUACAAAUCCACCUAUACCAUGUGAAAAUGGUGGAACUCCAACAGACAAUGGCUGUUUCUGCGCCCCUGGUUUUAUAGGAGGGUAUUGCGGCAGUGUUGUAUCUGAAAUCAGAGGUCCAGAUAAAAUUGAAAGGAUAGUCCUUGCUGAAGUAGACAUAAACAAAACUUAUAUCUCUGAAUACCAAAAUCCAUCCUCACAACAAUAUAAAGAUUUUGUCCAAAGCUUCAUUAUAAAGAUGACACCAUACUACAAAACCAGGAUUGAUAAGUUCUUGAAUAUAACAAAUGUAACACUGAGUGAAGGAAAACCUUUCAAGAGCCGAAUGCAGAGCAAGUGGAUAGAGAAAGCACCUAAAAGUGUGAAUGUUAAGCAUGACAUUGUUGUGGAAAUUGAAAACUAUGCUAGUGAAAAGUAUGAAAAGCUCUUUGUGACCGUCCAAGAAGCUGUUAAAUCACUUACAAAUUGUACUCCCAUGUUAAAAGCCUGCCCAAACUUUACUGUUACUGAGGUCCAGGUCAACAAAACUGUACUGACUGAAAAAGAGUUCUGUGAGCAAGUUACAGCAAUGCUUCCUGAGGAGUAUCGUCACUAUUUUUCUCCCGUUACUGUGCUGGGCAAAUUAACAUGUGUCAAUCAAUGUCAUCGUGAUCAUCCUUCUCCAAAGAUCUGCAUGAACAAAGGUACCUGUGAGGUUUCCAAGCAAGGACCAGCCUGCUACUGUCGUCACUCAGAUACAAAUUGGUAUCUUGGAGAAGAUUGCAAGUACCAAGUUCACAAAGUGGGCGUCUAUGCUGGAAUGGCAGUUGUCACUGUGGUUUUAGUAUUAGCUGUAGCAGUGUUUUCGGCAUAUGUCUCGCUUAAUAAAAGGAAACAGAAGAGGAAUAAAGACAAUAAGGAAGCUCUUGUGAAUCAGUGGAUAGAUGAUGACUUUGAGUGGCCCUCACAAAAAAGAUCAAACGAAUCUCAUUCAGUGGUUGAUGAAACAUAUGAUAAUCCUGCACAGUCAAAUGAGGAGAAUACCAGCCAGAAUACCACACCUCAUAGAACAGCCUCUUCCACCCAUCCUUCUUCCCCCCAAUUCAACUUGCCUCAAAAUGUAAUUCCACUUCAGUAUCUGGGCAGCAAUCACCCUAUGAGAAUCAGCAAGCCUCAGAUCCACACCUCUUCUUCAAGGCCAGAAAUAUACAACUUUGAUGUAUGAUAUUUAACAUCAUCACACAUUCACAAAACUAAAAACUACUGUUAAAAAUUGUUUGCCUCCACAGAGAAAAGCAUUAAAAUACUCUAGACAAGAUGAUUAUUUUUGCUUUUUGCUACAAAUUCCACAGAUCAUUCUAAAUACUUUUAUACUAUUUCUUAUUUACAUAUUGCAUUUUGAGUUUUCUGAUAGCUAAAAAUAAUGACAUGAUGACAAGACAAAAGAAGCACUUUUGCUAGAACACAAGCAUGAAUAAAAUACAAAUUUCAUGUUUUACUUGAAAAAAUCUUACAGUAUAUGUUUAAACUAUA